AUGCUCCGCAAAGGGGCCGAGCUGCCAAAUGAACAGAAAGUCGACCACGACGCAAAGAAAAAGAAGAACGACGACUACGCGGUGCUCAACCCCGACAAAAACUAUGUGACUGGAGUGGUCGAAAUGGAGGUGCAGCUCCUUCCGAAGCACGAGGCAGAUCGUGAGAAAGUGGGCUUGAAGCGGAAGAAGCCAAAUCAUAGCCCAACCCUCGAAAAGCCCGACAGAUCGACGUGGGAUUCUCACUGGUUGCUAUCUCGGAUCCGCCCGGCUCUUCGUCACUUCUGGCAUACCUGGGGAAAGCCAUUGAUCGUCUGGCUGGUGAUCAUCCUCUUGAUCGUACUCGUCGUCGCCUCAAUCCUCUACAACCUGCCCCUCAUCCUCGAGCGCGUCUUCGCUUCGAUGGCCGAGCUCAUCACGGGCGAG